GAAGAAGUCACCCUGAUACGCAAAGCUGACUUGGAGAACCACAAUAAGGAUGGCGGCUUCUGGACUGUAAUUGACUGAAAAGUGUAUGAUAUAAAGGACUUCCAAACACAGUCAUUAACAGGAAAUAGUAUACUUGCUCAGUUUGCAGGGGAAGAUCCAGUGGUGGCUUUGGAAGCGGCUUUGCAGUUUGAAGACACACAGGAAUCUAUGCAUGCGUUCUGUGUUGGCCAGUAUUUGGAGCCUGACCAAGAAGUUGUUACCAUACCAGAUCUGGGAAGUCUGUCUUCACCUCUGAUUGACACAGAGAGAAACCUGGGCCUGCUUCUUGGAUUACAUGCUUCCUAUUUAGCAAUGAGCACACCGCUGUCUCCUGUGGAGGUUGAAUGUGCCAAGUGGCUACAGUCAUCGAUUUUCUCUGGGGGUCUACAGACCAGCCAGAUUCACUACAACUACAAUGAAGAGAAAGAUGAGGAUCACUGUAGCUCUCCUGGGGGCACACCCAUCAGCAAGUCCCGACUGUGUUCUCACAGAUGGGCCCUGGGGGAUCAUUCUCAGGCCUUCCUGCAAGCCAUCGCUGACAACAACAUCCAGGACCACAAUGUGAAGGACUUUCUGUGUCAAAUCGAAAGGUACUGUAGACAGUGCCACUUGACCACGCCAAUCACAUUUCCUCCUGAGCAUCCUGUGGAGGAGGUUGGCCGUCUACUAUUAUGCUGCCUCCUGAAACAUGAAGAUUUAGGUCACGUGGCAUUAUCUUUAGUUCAUGUAGGAGCACUUGGCAUUGAGCAAGUGAAGCACAGAACACUGCCUAAAUCUGUGGUGGAUGUUUGUCGAGUUGUCUACCAGGCAAAAUGCUCACUCAUUAAGACUCAUCAAGAACAGGGCCGUUCCUACAAGGAGGUGUGUGCUCCUGUCAUCGAACGUUUGAGAUUUCUCUUCAAUGAAUUGAGGCCUGCUGUUUGUAGUGACCUCUCUAUAAUGUCUAAGUUUAAGCUGUUAGGCUCGUUACCCCGUUGGAGGAGGAUAGCUCAGAAGAUCAUUAGAGAAAGAAGGAAAAAGAGAGUUCCUAAGAAGCCAGAAUCUACUGAUGGUGAAGAAAAGAUUGGGAACGAAGAGAGUGAUUUAGAAGAAGCUUGUGUUUUGCCUCAUAGUCCUAUAAAUGUAGACAAAAGACCCAUUUCCAUGAAGUCUCCCAAGGACAAAUGGCAGCCGCUGUUGAAUACAGUUACAGGAGUUCAUAAAUACAAGUGGUUAAAGCAGAGUGUGCAGGGCCUUUACCCACAGUCUGCACUGCUCAGUACCAUCGUUGAAUUUGCUCUUAAGGAAGAGCCGGUAGAUGUGGAGAAAAUGCGAAAGUGCCUCCUGAAACAGUUGGAGAGAGCAGAGGUUCGUCUGGAAGGGAUAGAUACAAUUUUGAAACUGGCAGCCAAGAGUUUCUUACUUCCUUCUGUGCAAUAUGCUAUGUUUUGUGGAUGGCAAAGACUUAUUCCUGAAGGAAUUGAUAUAGGGGAACCACUUACAGACUGCUUGAAGGAUGUGGAUUUAAUUCCACCGUUCAAUCGGAUGCUGCUGGAAGUGACUUUCGGCAAGCUGUAUGCUUGGGCAGUUCAGAAUAUUCGGUGUGUUCUGAUGGAUGCGAGUGCCAAAUUUAAAGAACUGGGUAUCCAGCCUGUCCCCCUGCAAACCAUCACCAAUGAGAACCUGGCAGGACCAAGUCUGGGGACCAUCCCACAAGCUCGGUUUCUUCUGGUGAUGCUCAGCAUGCUCACCCUGCAGCAUGGUGCAAACAACUUUGAUCUCUUGCUCAACUCAGGCACACUGGCCCUCACACAGACGGCACUGAGGCUGAUCGGUCCUACUUGUGACAGUGUUGAGGAGGACAUGAGUGCUUCUGCCCGGGGAGCCUCUGCUACAGUGUUGGAGGAAACAAGGAAGGAAACCGCUCCUGUUCAGCUCCCUGUUUCAGGGCCAGAAUUGGCUGCUAUGAUGAAGAUUGGAACCAGGGUCAUGAGAGGCGUGGACUGGAAGUGGGGUGACCAGGAUGGGCCUCCGCCAGGCUUAGGCCGUGUAAUUGGUGAGCUGGGAGAGGAUGGCUGGAUCAGGGUCCAGUGGGACACGGGCAGCACUAACUCAUACAGGAUGGGUAAAGAAGGAAAGUAUGACCUCAAGCUGGUGGAGUUGCCAGUGUCAUCACAGCCCUCUGCAGAGGACUCAGACACAGAAGAUGACUCAGAAGCUGAACAAGGAGACAGGAACAUCCACCCCACAGCGAUGAUGCUGACCAGCAUUAUUAACUUACUGCAGACUCUGUGUCUGUCCGUCGGUGUCCACGCUGAUGUCAUGCAGAGCGAGGCUACCAAGACUUUGUGUGGACUGCUGAGAAUGUCAGUGGAAAGCGGAACAACAGAUGAGCUAUCUCCUCCAGACAGACUGGUGUGCAGGGAGCAGCACCGGAGCUGGUGUACACUGGGCUUCGUCCGGAGCAUCGCACUCACCCCGCAGGCCUGUGGGGCCCUCAGCUCCCCAAGGUGGAUCACGCUGCUCAUGAAGAUUGUGGAGGGGCAUGCACCCUUCACUGCCGCCUCCCUGCAGAGGCAGAUCUUAGCUGUCCAUUUAUUACAAGCAGUUCUACCGUCAUGGGACAAGACAGAAAGGGCACGGGACAUGAAGUGUCUGGUGGAAAAGCUGUUUGGCUUCCUGGGCAGCUUGCUCACUACUUGUUCUUCUGAUGUCCCAUUCCUUAGAGAAUCCACAUUGAGGAAGCGGAGGGCGCGGCCGCAGGCUUCCUUGACUGCCACUCACAGCAGCACUCUGGCUGAGGAGGUGGUGGGGCUGCUCCGCACUCUGCACUCGCUCACCCAGUGGAACGGCCUCAUCAACAAAUACAUUAACUCCCAGCUCUGCUCCGUCACACACAGCUGCUCUGGGAAGACUCCAGAAAGGGCCCUGCUGGAGGACUACUUCCCAGACUCUGAGAACCUGGAAGUGGGGGGCCUCAGGGCAGUGCUGGCUGUGAUUGGAGGGAUCGAUGGCCGGCUGCGCCUGGGAGGCCAGGUCAUGCAUGAUGAGUUUGGAGAGGGCACAGUGACUCGCAUCACCCCGAAGGGCAGAAUCACUGUGCAGUCCUGUGACAUGCGCAUGUGCCGUUGCCCGUUGAAUCAGCUCAAACCGCUCCCUGCUGUGGCCUUUAGCGUUAACAACCUCCCUUUCACGAAGCCCAUGCUUUCUGUCUGGGCUGAGUUGGUGAACCUUGCUGGAAGCAAAUUGGAAAAGCACAAAACAAAGAAAUCAGCAAAACAGGCCUUUGCAGGACAAGUAGACUUGGACCUGCUGCGCAGCCAGCAGCUGAAGCUGUACAUCCUGAAAGCAGGGCGGGCGCUGCUUUCCCACCAAGACAAACUAAGGCAGAUACUGUCUCAGCCCGGGACUCUACAUGCAGAUGAUGGAGCAGCUGCAUCCCCUGACCUCGGGGACAUGUCACCUGAAGGGCCACAGCCUCCGAUGAUCCUCCUGCAGCAGUUAUUGUCCUCAGCCACCCAGCCAUCUCCUGUGAAAGCCAUAUUUGAUAAACAGGAACUUGAGGCUGCUGCCUUGGCCCUCUGUCCGUGCUUGGCUGUGGAACCCACACCCCCUUCCAGUGCAGGCUGUGAAGACUGCAUCUCCAGUGAGGCCAGCACCCCAGUCUCUGCACAGCACAUCCAUCUUGCCAGGGCGAAAAAGCGCAGGCCGUCGCCAGCGCCUGCUCUGCCUAUUGUGUGCAGCUCAUGGAGAUGGGAUUUCCUAGGAAGAACAUAGAGUUUGCUCUGAAGUCGCUCUCCGGCACAUCUGGGAAUGCAUCUGGUUUGCCUGGUGUGGAAGCCUUGGUUGGGUGGCUACUAGACCACUCUGAUGUCCAGGUUACAGAGUUCUCGGAUGCGGACACAGUAUCUGACGAGUAUUCAGACGAGGAGGUGGUGGAAGAUGUGGACGAUACCCCAUACCCUGUG